CAAGCAUCAGUGCGCGUUAAGGUACUUAACAGCGGACGCUCGGGCCAUGUUAUCAGCCGUCGUGCCGUCCCAACUUUUGGCACCUAAAUGCCUGCCUGACCUUGCGCUACGACGAUAAUAAAGCCAAAUAAUUAGAUAAGGUGCCGUCAUUAGGAUUCCAGGUACCGAGACGCCUCCCAUUUUAGGUUUUGUCUUUACCACUAAUAUGACGCCGGUAUUGAUUUUUCAACCUCAUUCCGGCACGCGGAGAACUCUUGCUUCCACUUUGCUUCUGCAUUCCCGUCCCUCUUCCCUGUGCCGAUCUGCCCCAGUAGCACAUCGCUGAAUUUCCGCUCGACAGAGUCUCGACUCUCGACCCCAAAUCCCAGAGCUGAGCUCUUUCUCCAUACCUCUGACGUCCUAAACAAAUCAGCUCCCGACAACUCAGCGUCCAGGAUCCGGACCGGGAGAUAUAUUGGCGACUAACACCUCGCUUGGGUGUGCACAUGGAGAGCCACGCCAUGACGUCCUCGUCACUGGACCGUUUUCCCGAUGAGCUCAUCCGUCACAUCCUUCUAUAUGUCUCGCCCGAGGACAACGUCCUGAGCGUCCAGCCGGUCUCGCGACGUUUCUACCACAUUGCCAACGAACCGCUGCUAUGGCGAUAUCUUUGCCGAAACUCGUUUACUUUCUGGAAGCCUGAACACUACUUCUUCGCGAAACUGUCGGAUCCGAGACCAACUACCAUCGAAUGGAAAAAGCUAUGGCUCCGAAGGAAAGGGCAGAAUCACUUGAUCAAACGACUUCUAGACGAGAUCCUCACGACGAGAUAUCACCAGCUGAAGAAUAUCCAGCGCAUCUGUCGGUUUGGUUACGACGCCAAAGACUUUCUUUUGGAGCAAUGUCACGUCGAUGAAUCCCAUGAUGACGUUUUGGCCAGAAGGUACUAUGCGAAUUCAGCCUUGGACAGCAUUCACAGGGGCAUGGCUGUAGAAGUAUGGUCCAAGUGCUAUGAGACAGGGACUGAUCCGUACUCGGGGCUCGAUCGUGCUCUCGGCGCAUUCGACCUGUUUGUUCUGCACGACCAGCCCCAAGACCUUGAAUACAUACUGAGCACACUAGACACGCUCGCCCAUAGAUUCUUGCUGGAGCACCCAGAACAUGAGAUCAUGUCGACAAGGCAGAAGGCUCUAGCCUUAAAUCGAUGGCUGAGGGCUCAGAAUCUCAUGGGGAUGGAGAACGAGAUCGUCAACUACCACAACCUGAGGAAUUGCCUUCUAGGCCACGCCCUGUCCGACGAUGAGCACCCGUCGCUUCCCAUAAUCUCGAGCGCCAUAUUUGCUUCGGUUGCCGAACGCCUCGGCAUGUCAAGCGCAUGCUGUGCAUUCCCGAGUCAUGUCCAUGCAUCUGUGAAGGCCCCUCCUGGCAUGACCUUGGAUGGUGAUGUGGAAGAGGAUCCCAAAGCUGAACCAGAGACCAUGUACCUGAACCCGUACAAGUGGGAUGGGGAGGUUACGCUCGAUGAGCUAAGGAGGGCACUGGUCGAGUUGGGGUGGACUCAAGGGUCAGAGGUGUUCCUUAGGGCGUCGCCUGUGCCAAUCAUCAUCCUCCGAACAGCGGCAAAUAUCAAAGCCGCCACCAGUCGAAUCCAAAAUCUCGCCGACCGAUCAGGGGAGCCCAUCGAGGUCGAAGCGAAGCGGUUGCGGGCGGGUCAUCCAGACAUUAACGUGGAGGCGGCCAAGUAUGCCUCGAUGUGGGCGGAACUGAUGGUUAAGCCGGUUUCUAGUGUCCACUGGGACCAUAGCCUCGAAGCCUUCCUGCACUCGUUUGCCAUGUCAUGGGGCGAAGACGCCUGGAUCGUUCGCAAAUAUCUUCUUCCGUUGUACGAACAAUUCGUCGCAUCGCAGCCGCACGUGCGCAACCGCGCCGGAUGGGAAAACGUUCGCGAGAUCCUGAACAUGCUGGACAACCUCGACAGGCGGGAGGCGGUCGUCACCCGUCGCUGGACGCAGGAGAUGCAGGAGCGCGUGCGCUACAGGAUCGGCCAGGUCUUCCGCCACAAGAGGUACGGAUGGAUCGGAAUCAUCAACGGCUGGGCAGCCGGGUCUGCGGGCCUUCCGGUUCCGCAUUACCUUGAUGGUUACGAGGAUGAGGUCCAGUCUCCUACAACUUCUCCCAGAUCUUCAGGGGAUAGGUUGCACUCAGAAGGCCUUGGCUUAAGGCCUCAGUUGGCCAGAGUGUUUUAUACAUGCAUGAGUUCUAAGAGACCCAGGAUUGACCGCCUGCGUGUGGCUCAGAAUAGCAUCGAGAUUAUCACCGAUCCUGACUUGAUUCCCGAGUCGCUCAAAUUCUUGGCGGGCAAGUACUUCAAGCGGUUUGACAGGGAAACCUGCACUUUUAUCUCGAACAUCAAGGAAUCGUAUCCUGACGACUAGGUUUUCGUUCGGAAGUUACUGGGGAGGUGAAAAAAGAGGCCGAUGGAUGCGAAAAAAGGGGCCUCGGGAGAUGUGUGUAUCAUAUUGUAUCUGUAAAAUAGUGUUUUUGGCCCCGGAAUUGUUGUAGGAAUAAGGAACCGUAUGUAUACCCUAUACAACAAGGCCACUGGGUCACAAUGAGAUGGAUGAGCACAUCUGUCUUCAAGUUGUAGGAUUCAUGAUUACUGCCAGAUUAUCCAGACGGGAACACUAUUACAACGAAACUGCAUGAGCA